GACGUCAGGUGUGCGACGGCCAGACUGGGUGACGGAGUGAUGCCGCUGUCUCGGGAAGCUGGGCCGGCGCGGCUCGUCCGCUCCGCCCAGAAGGAUGCUCUGUACCGAGGGGCGCUGAGGAGCGGAGCCGGCGCCGCUGUGGGGGGCCUGGCCGGUGCGAAAACCUGGUUGGAAUGGCAGAAGGAAGUCGAACUGCUAGCUGAUCUGGCCUAUUUCACCCUCACUACCCUUUCAGGUUAUCAAACUCUUGGUGAAGAAAACGUCAAUAUCAUCCAGGUGGACCCAUCUGGGAGAAGAGUUCCUUCUGUACUCCGACGAGCUAUCCUGAUUUCUUUGCAUGCCGCUUUGCCCUACUUCUUAGACAAAGGAUUAGUACACCUGGAACAUGGCCUUCAGACAGAUCCGGAUGAGACGGGGAUUCUGCAGAGUAGACCCAUGGCUGGAUCGUGGGGCCGGACUCUAGUGAGGAGCUGGUUGCAGAAUCAUCUUGGCAGGUUAACGGAACAGCAGAAGAAAAUACUCUUUUGGGCUGUCUGUGUCCUCAGGCAAAGUAUCCCGCUGCUGUAUCGGUUGCACAUGGCCAUCUUUUACAUGAACGGCUUCUUCUACCACCUCUCUAAAAGGAUGGCAGGGAUCACAUAUCUGCGCUUUGCGGGAUUGGCUGGAGACGAGCAGAGCGUCCGGUCGAGUUACAGGCUCCUUGGGAUCAUUUCCCUCUUGCAUCUGGUGUUGACCGUCGGCAUCCACGCGUACAGCUUCCGGCAGAGGCGGAGGGCCAGACACGAAUGGAAACUACACCGAAAUCUCUCCUACCAGAAAGCUCAGACUGAAGAGACACUUCUUCCUCGCCGUUCUCGCUGCACUCUGUGCUUAGAGGAACGCCGGCAUGCCACCGCCACCCCUUGCGGCCACCUCUUCUGCUGGGAAUGCAUCACGGCCUGGUGCAACACCAAGGCUGAGUGCCCACUCUGCAGAGAGAAAUUCCAUCCACAGAAGCUGAUUUAUCUGCGGCACUAUCGGUGACAGCUUUGCCCAGCUCGAGGCCGGACUAUGAAGCGUUGGGAGCCAGCAAAAAAAAAAAAAAGCUACACCUCUUGACCAAGUGCAAGACUUUUAUUUUGAUAUUAAAUCACGGCGAUAAAACAGAUGGAGCAGCUCACCACUGCUGCUCUGCCUUUACAAGGAGAUAGGAACUUGUCAAUUACAAAAUAAACACCUGAUAUUGAUCCUCUCUCUUUCUCCCUCCCUAGUAUAAGAGGCUACCCAAACUCCAGUAAACCUUCUUAGCUCUUGCUGGCAUCCGCUGGACUCUCCAGCUAAUGGGAAUGUAUGUGUUUCUCUGCCGGAGAGGCAGCUGAAGAUUAACUUACGUGGUUUUGCUACCAAUGAACUUCCAGAGCAUUGUGAAGCCGGAAUCAAUUUAUAACUUAACUAUCUUUGCAGGGAGGGUGGGAUCUCUACCAUCAAGCAAAUAAACUAUGGCUGUUUUUAAUUUUUAAAAAGACCCUGAAGUUCUGAAUCAGAAGAAGUACCCUGUGAUUGGAAACAAUUUCUGAAGUAGUCUCUUAAGAUGUGGAUAACUUUAAACUUGGGCCAUGAGGAAUAGAAUAAUACAAACUGUAAUCCAAACACCUUGUGGAGAGGGGAGUGGCAAAUACAAGAGCCAAAGCUGCCAUGAAAAUAUUCUCUCUCAUACCGACUUUCCUCUAGGGAUGUGCAAAGAAUUCCACCGAAUCAAUUUGAAUCGAAUCGGCUUGCACAGAAUGGGAUCCGUUCAAAUAGAUUCAAAUUCGUCUGAAUUCGAAUUUGAGCAAAGUUUGUUUUGAAUUCGCUGGAACGCAACUCAGUCUGAACAAACCCCAUUCUGUGCAAGCAGAGUCAAUUCCAAUUUGAAUCGAUUGGGUCAGGUUUUUUUGCACAUCCCUGCUUUUUUCAUUGUCUCAUGCAGUCCUAGAGUAAUUUACACAAAGACUGUUACAGAAAGGUGUUGAUUUAAGAGAGCCGUUUCAGAGGAUAAUUAAAUUCCUUCUGGUUAUUUGCAAACUACACUAACCACCUAUCCUGCUGCAGACCACACACAGAAAUCCAGCGUGUAAAUGCACAUACUCCUCAACUCACACCCAGACUUGCAACAGCAUGUACUUUCCUAAAACCUUGGCUCAGACCCGCAUGAAGUUAAGCCUGACUGACUAAUUAAACCCAGAACUUGCUCCCACCUGAAGAACUGUCCUGCAGAUCAGGCUUGUUAAUUACAGUUUACUCCCUUUCUCUGGUCAUCUGUGCAGUAUGUUUUAUAUCGUGGUGGCACAACUGGGACCCUCCUGCUGAUGCUGGGCUGAAACUCCCCAUCAUUCCUAUCAGUUGCUGUGGGCAUGAUGGGAGGUGUAGUCCAAAACAGACUUUUUGUGCCGUAAUGCUGAGAAGGGAGAAUUAAUCCAUAUGGCACAGAAUAUUUCCUAGUUAUCACUCUGCCAAAAUACAGAGUUGACAUUUCCUAAAGAUUCUAUAAGCAACCACUACCAGUGCUUUCAGUUCGAACUUUGUAUAAUAGUCCAAAGAAUUCAUUUUGACAGAUUAGAACUCAAAUACACAAUUCCCCGUGAUUUAUGUAUGCUCUUUGGAGGGGAGGGUGAGAGAGAAUUCACACUUUUAACUCCUUCAAGUUGGUUUUAUAAAGGACUACUAAACCCAAGAAAGGGACACCUGUCUUUUAAUAAAGUUUAGAAUUUAUAAAGUCACUUCAUAAAAUUGUUCAGAGUCAUGUCACAUCAAAAAUGAAGUUUUACAUGCAGGCCAUUUAUUUCUGUAUUUUUCUCCACAGGAAAAUCAGAAGCUGUGUUAAAAUCCACAAAAUCUUGGCCACCAUGGCCAGCCUAGAUGCAUCUUGGAAGGGACUACUUGAAGCAAACUUAAUUUAAAAAAAAACACCCAAAAAACUUUUAAGUGUCAAUGAAAUGUGACAAAAUACUCUCCACCUAAUUUUAUAGGUAUAUAUAUAUAUAUAUUUAUAUUUUUUUUCUAGGCCUUCAGCCAAAAACCAAACAGAAACCGAUAGCUGAGAAUAAUAUUGAGUCGUCACAAAAAAAACCCAUCAAAAACCAACCUCUCUUUCAAGCUGCACUGGGGGAAACGAGCAUUGGAAUCCAAAGCAGAUUGGCUACAGAAGUGACAUCAGUUACUCUUCCGGGGUGGGGGGGAGAAUCAAGCAUUUAGGGUAGGUUUAUGUUAACUGCUUGAGUUUCCAUCGAAGUCCCAUCAACUUAGAGCUUAAGUGGGUCUCCUAGCCGAAUCUAGGGCGUUACAAAGCGGAAAUUGCCAUCAGUGGGACUCAUUUUCCUCCAUGACUGCACACAAGAUCGCCUUUUGGAAUUGUACAGGUUGCACUUUUGGAUAGAACUAUACAGGGCCAGAAAAAGACACAGUCCCCACACGAGGCUGCACCGUGGGCCUCAAGAUGAAUCCUGCCUUAAAAUUCCUCCCCAUAUUACUCUGCCUCCAUGUACAUGGACAGGUCGGAAGUGGCCAAGGCUGGCUCCCUGAAAGGCUUGCAAAUCGCCACCCAAGUCCUAGAGUUUGUGGAUAUGUCGGAGCCAACUCUGAGGGGUUUGCCUGUGUGCGGGGCACACAAUGUCUUCCGUCUGCAAAAAGACGUGAGCACUCUUGGGGCUGGAGGAAGACCGGCCUGCUUAAAGAAACUCAAAAACGGGGCAACGGUGUCAGUACUCUCCUGCAAUUCUGAUUAAAAGACCACCAAAAAAAAGGGCCCAACCCUCAAUAUAAAACCAGGAAGGGGGGGGGGGAUGCAGCUUCCUAGUCACUGCCCUCUUAUCGAGGAUUUAGUAUGAAGGAAAGAGAGGCAUUGUUACAAUGGCUCAAAACCAUUUUCUUUUCUUUUUUUAAUUAUGAUGUAGGGAGUUGGUCAGCAGGCUGGGUUUGAUUUCUAGCUAGCGAAGGUCUUCCCCACUUCUUCCUUCCCUUUGUAUUUCCUUUUGCCAUGUGUGAAGGGUAUAUAUCGGUAUUUUAUCAUAUGCUGCAAUGAAAGAGAAAACAAAGUGUUCAGGGCACACCCACAAUAAUUCCCCAUCCACCAAAUGCUCAUUGACAGGGGUGAAGAAACGUCGGCUCAGGCUGUCAGCCAGACAAAAUAUUUUACUCGAUGCAGCAAAUUUUGCAUAUAGAUUUUCCUCCCCCCGCCCUAGAGAUUUUCAUGCUAAAUGUUACUAAACCACACAUUCCUGCAAGAUAUGCUCAACUUUCAUUAUAUAUAACGGUGGCAAGAUUCCUCUAUGCUUCCUGCUGGAAAACAAAUCUGAUUCAGUCUUUAGACAACUGGUAUCUUAAACUUUGCAAUUAUGCAUCAAUGGAAAUUACUGCAUAUAUUGAGGACAAUUUUUCCCCCUGAGACACGGGAGCCAUUUAUUCAAUAUAAUAUAUCACAGGGUUUGACUCCUCAUCCAAGAUCUGGUUUCUUUUUGGAGAGAAAUUUAAUGCUGAAUGCUCUGUGUGGAUAACAGGUGCACUAAUUAUUGAUCUUACUGUUAAUAUUUUUAAAUUUGCAGCCAUUUAUCUUUCAGACUGGAGAAGGGGAGAGGGAGAUGGGGGUGGAAAGAAUUCAGAUGGACGUAUACUGAUUGUAAUCGCAUUGUUUGAUCACUUUUUGUUUUUCUUGACUUUUUUGCUUUUCUUAUGUUUCUCUGUUUAUACUAUAAAUAAAAACAAACUCAUCAAGCUA